AUGGUUGCAGUUGCAUCCUGUCACUUCAUUCAAAGCCCACCAAUCGGUGGUUACUACGACCCUCACUUUGGUAUCCAACAAAACCAAUUCUACAACAAUGCUCCAUUGUACAACCAAAACAACCAACAAUAUUACCAACAGCUCCAACAGCAGGCUCAGGACCAAAGGAGAGCCUACUUUGAGGCCCAGGUCAACCAGAUUGAGAAUCAAAUCAACCGUUGCAACCAAGAGUCGCAGAGUCUCCAACAGUCAAUCUCCCAGCAGCCACAGGGUAAUGAUGCCACCGCUCUAGCCAACUUCCAGGUUAGAAAGGCUGCUGUCCAGCGCCAGAUCAAUGACAUCGCUCAGAACAUCUCCAACCUCCGUAAUCAGCAGCAGGAACUCAGACAACUCCAGAACCAGCCCCAGCUCUACAACAAUUUCCCACAAGCUCAGUUUGCAGGUGGCCUCUACCAACCAAACACUUUCAUUGGUCAACAUGUCCAUGCUUGGUAA